GUUUAAAACUAUAAUUUAAAUCAAUUGAAGACAAACUCAACUAAACAUAAUUUUAGUAUUUAUGCGAUCGACUAUUCAGUACUUUUAUCUACCAAACAAUGUCUGUAAUUAAGCAAUAUUUUUCAUUGGAAUAAAAGGACCAGAAUUUUGUUUGAUAUGUUAAGACAUUUAUAAGACUUAACAGUGAUUUCCCGCAAAAUCACUUCCAUAUUAUUAUAACUGAAAACAGUGUUAGUAUUGAGUGAAUGUAUUGAAAGAGAGAGAGAAACUAAUGAUAUGUUAUUGACGUUUAAAACAGUCAAACAAUUAACUGAUUAUACAAUUAAUGCAUUAGUCGUACGUUUACAUUGUUUUUAACCAAUUAGUGACCCAUUCAUUGACUCAAUUGUUUUCAAUGUAUUAAUAAUAAUAACAAUAAUAACAAUGAAAUCACUUUUUGACUCAAAUUCAGUGAUCUAUUAGUGACACUUUGAAUGUCAUUUUGAGUGACAACUGAUGACCGCUUAAGACAUUUGGAUCGAUGGAUAACAAGUACUCCAAGUCUCGAUUGCCGCGGAUGAGUGUCGGACCAAAUGCUACCACUGUUUCAAGUGUUGGACGCAUUUCUGGUGACACUCGAAGAAGUAUCGAUUCAACCAUCGGUCGCACAAACAAAACACUUAAUAAUAAUAAUAAUAAUCUUAUUAUUAAUAAUAAUAACGAAUUGAUUAACUCUAAAGUAGUCUUUUGUAGACCAGAUGUCAUCACAUACAAAAAAAGUGUGGAUAGAAAUAAUGGCACAAAAAAUGAUAGCAAUUGUCAAAUGAAUGAAAACAUAAAGACUUUAUGUAAAUCAUUGAGUUUGGAUGAGAUUCAGAGUCAAAACAAUGGACAACAAUCUAUGAUUAAUGUCUUUUCCAAUGAUUGCGAUUCACAAAAGGCAUUCAGUUAUGAACAGUUGGACGACAACUAUACCGAUAAUAUGAAGAAUUAUUUAACCAAAGAUAACUCAGAUCUCAAUUUGAUGGAAAUGUCUAUCGAUGAGAGCAGUACGGCAUCAUUGGGUCUUUUGCCGAAUAUAUUAUCACCGAUAUCACCAUUAGAUACGUUYGGUCAAAACAUUCCGUUUUUAUCCAUUGAUUCGCAAUUAUUUCCAGAAAAUAAUAUCAAUAAUAUUGAGAUCAAUGAAGACGAUGACGACUCACAAUCUGGUAUACCAACCAUUCAAGAAUAUGAUUCAGAUAUGACAAUCAACAAUAUUAGUGACUCAAACAUUACAGUUGUUUUGGCCUCAAAUUAUAAUAACAAUAUUAUAGAAAUUGACGAACAAAUUGGUCCACAAGAAAUGGUCGAAGAGUUAGAGUCACUAACUCUUGAUAAUAGUAUGACUCUUAGAUCACAAACAGAUAAUGAAAGCAAUAAUAUGAGUAUUGAAAGCAAUGAUAAUAAUAUAAGUGAGACUAACAUUCCUAUGAACGACGAGGUGUCUAAAAACAGUGCACUAAAUAAUAAUGACUUAAAUGCUAAUAACAUUUCAAUAAAACCAUUGUCACCAAUGAGUGAUAUCCCUAUGAAAAUAGCAAACAAUUUAAUAAAUGAUAAUAAAAGUUUGAAACCAGUGAAGUCGUGUCCAGUUAGACCCAUGUCUCUUAAUACAAAAGCUGUAUUACCAGAAAAGGUGCAAAGAGCUGCAUCACCCUCUGGUAAAGCUCCCGUUCCCAAGAGAUUCAAGACUCCGGGCCGUUGGGAUGCUGUGAUGAAUAAAAUAGAAAAGUCUAAGACCUCUGUUCCCAACAACACUAUUAUAAAAGGCAAGAUCAACACUAACAGAAAACCCGUCCCAAACGAGUCUUUGUCUAAAAUCAGUCCAUCAGAUGAACAAUUAGUUUCUUCAAAUUCUAGUCAUUUAAGCCUUUCUAAUGUAUCUAUUAAAUCAAAUGCCAUUUCAUCGACAGCUAACAGUUUAAAUAACAGUAAAGUAAAUAUACCCAAAAGUAAAACAUUUGUACGUGACUUCAGUGCGAGUGUUGGCUCCGGAAGCCGGAGUCAACAACCAGUGCCCACAUCGAAACCAUCAAUACCUGUGACACCUAUGUCUACACAGGCGUCACAACAAAUAAUAGAUCGGACGGAAAGCAAGAGUGGAUCACAAACUAUUAGAAAGGAUAACAAAGGUUUUGUCUCAUCAGCUAAUGAUAAGAAGACAGCAAAUCGUAAAUUAAAUCAAACGAAAACUACUAUCACUACUACAUCUGURUCAGUGGCGACAAAGCGAAUGACAGGCACUAAGAUAAGCGCAUCUAAUACUAACAAUACGUCCAAAAGAGAUGUUAGAAACGCACAGGUAGUCGAUGACAAACAACGGAUGCAAAAAUUAAGUCAUUUGUGUGAAAAUAAAACAAAACAAUUGAAAUCUCUGACAUUAGAGCAGAACUAUACAAGACUUGCAUUUGAUUCUCUAUCAGUCGUUAUACAACAUCUCAUUGAACAGUACGAACCCUUUGAAAAUCCAAAACUAAAACAAGCGCUCAAUAAAGCAAAUCUCACGUGUGAACAGCUUAAGGAUAAUCUCGUUGCAAAAAAUACUGAAUUAAAUGAUAUGAAGAUUAUAUUUGAGGAACAAAUUAAUCAAAUGAUGAAAGAAAGAGAGAAAAACUAUCACGACUUGAAUGAACUGAAAGUGUCUCACGAAUUGAAUGUUAAGAAACUCAAAGAAAUUCAUUCUUCAGAUGUAAAAAAUUUGGAGGAAAUGUUUAGAAAAGAGUUGACAAAAAUAGAGCAAAAUUGUGAUCAAUUAAUGUCACAAAUCGAGGAAAAAGAUAAAGAAUUGACACAAACAAAGCAAACAAAAGAAACGCUCGAAAAUAGACUAAAAAAGAUUGAAACAAAUAUUAUGUCCGAUAAGGAUAAGAGAUUUAAGUAUUUGACUGACAAAAGCAAACAAUUAGAAUUAGAAGUGGAAUCACUUAAAGUGGUUAUGGAUAUGAAAAAUGAGAAAAUUCAUACAUUAGAGAGAAAAAUGAUUGAAACACAAGAAAAGAUCAAUGAGUUGCCAUACGCUAAGGAAACUAUUCGUAGUCUUCAACAACAAGUGGAGACAUUACAGGUGACAUUGGAUCGCAAAAUACAUCAAUACAAUCAAUUGACUCGAGAACAUCAUGAUCUCCAAGAACUAUACGAACAAGAGAUGCGCGAAAAGCGAAGACUUUCCAUGAAGAAUGAAGAAUUGGCUUUUCAUUUAAGUGAAAGCUAUAAUGAGUCCAACAAUUGUUCGCCUUUAGAUGUCAACCAUUUUAGAUUCAAGUCUCCGGCCAUUAGUAUUGAUGAGACGCCUAUAAAAACCAAUCGAUCGCCAAAAAAUAUAAAUAGCGUACAAAAUGAUCGAAAGAGUAUUAGUCAUUCGAAAGUGAAUCGUUCGAUAUCGAUGAACAGUUCCACUCGCACGACAUCAUCGGUUUGCAAAAGAUUGGAUACAACCCUCAACUCGUGUUCUACAAAUGCAUCUAAUAAUGAAAAUAAUUUGUUGUCAAAUAACUGUAAUUUAACCGAAAUGUUUAAUAGAGGAAAUAAUAUUACGGAAAGGUUGAAAAAAGACCAAAAGUUAGCAAAAUUUGAAAAGUUGGCCAAACCGUCGGUAUUUGAUGAGACGCCUCCGCAAUGUAUACUCGAUAGUGGGUUUGAGGAAAUUCAAGGUCUUAAUUCUCUAUCCAAAUGAAAUAUAGUGUUUCGUCUAUUUUUUAAUAUUUAUUAAAACUGUUGCAAUAGUUUUGAAUUAGUUAAUUGAUAACAAGGGCUCAAAUCUCAUAAUCAUUGAUCCAAAUUAAAAUUAAUACCACUUUAUUAUAUAUUUACACUCUUUUGUAACUUUAAAGUUAGUUUUAACGCCUAUCUCGUGUUUAUGCAUAAUAUAUUUUAAGAAUAUUUACUUUUAAUACAUUUUAUGCAUUAAUAUUAGCUUUGAUUUAAGCCAUUUAAGAUUGAAAAUGUUAUAAAUUUAGUUUAAUUGAAUGCAAAGUCAUCAAAAUACACACUUAAGAGCUCAUGAAUUUUUAUAUUGCAAUUAUAAAUAAUUAUAAUUUAUUUCAUCUUUUUAUUUGAAUAACACUUAUGAAUAUUAAAGGUAAAUAUGAGCUUUACUUUGCAUUUCCUAAAACAGUGGUUCAAUGUUUGCAAUUAAUUAUAGAUAAUUAUCGUUAGUUAUUAUACGAUAAUCAACUUAUUUAUGAAAUAAUAAUAAUAGCUGUUGAGAGAGAGAGAGAGAGAGAGAGAGGUGAAGCAGUGUUUUGUGAAAAUAGUUUUAUUUUAGUAAUUACUUUAAACUUUUGCAAACCAAGUCUACCAUAAGUUUUUAAGCAAAAAAAUUUGUGUCAUUUUAAACGCUUUAUUUAACUUUAUGGUUGCAAUUAUUAUAUCAUUGCACAUAUGGUUGUAUUCUUGUUAUUUAAU